AUGGCGGUGAAUCAGAGCCACACCGAGGACCGCCGCGGGGCCUCCAUCCCUUACGGUGAAAGUCUCUUGAAGCAGUGUUCAGAUGUGGAGCUCUCCUUCCCACAGCAACCAGAAGGCUCCAACCUCUUCUGUGGUACAAAGAGGGGAACACUGUUUCUCACUUCAUACAGGGUGAUUUUCGUGACUUCACGCUCAGUCAAUGAUCCCAUGUUGUCUUUUAUGAUGCCAUUUGAUCUGAUGGAUAACUGCUCCGUUGAACAACCUGUCUUUGCUGCAAACUACAUUAAAGGAAUCAUUCGGGCAGCUCCAGAUGGUGGCUGGGAAGGACAGGCUACUUUUAAAUUAAUCUUCAGAAAAGGAGGUGCCAUCGAAUUUGCCCAGUUGAUGAUGCGAGCUGCCUCUUCUGCUGCUCGAGGAGUUCCGCUUAGAACCUUAAAUUACUGGUUUGGCCCUGCAGGAAUGUAUGUCAUUACUGGAGAGGGGAACAUGUGCACUCCACAGAUGCCUUGUCCAGUUAUUGUCUAUGGAUCCCCACCUGUUGCAUACGGAGCCCUCCCUGCAGGAUAUGGAGCCCAACCUCCAGGAUAUGGAGCCCCACCCCCCGGAUAUGGAGCCCCACCUCCUGGAUAUGGAGCCCCGCCUUCUGGAUACGGAGCCCCGCCUGCUGGAUACGGAGCCCCACCCCCUGAAUAUGGAGCUCUGCCUCCAGGACAUGGAACCCCGCCUCCCGGAUACCAAGCCCCUUCCACUGGAUAUGGAGCCCUGCCUGCCAGAAACGAGCUCCCUGCUGCUGGAUCUGGAGUGGAGCCUCACAGCACUGUGGCAGCCCAGACUCCUGAAUAUGAUGCUUCUCUUCCCUCUGCCUCAUCUACUCAGGCUCAUUCCCCACCUUCUAAGAUGUAA